AUGGACGGGUCUGGCAGCCAGCGCCGCGGUGGAGGCGCCACCGCCGAGCCGGUUGCGGUGCUGGAAGCCGCCAUCCAGCGGAUGGUCCAGGAUGCAAAGUCCAAGGCCCUCGCGAAGGCCGCCUCCGCCGCGGCGCCGUUCCUGCCGGCCCCGGCCUUCCAGGGGCGGCGGCGCGGAUACGCGUUCACGACGCGCGCACAGGGCACCGGAUACUAUCUCGACCCCCACCAGCCGCCCCCCAGCGCCGACGAGGAAGGCGGCGGGCCUGAAGAUGAGGACAAGGGGGAGGACGACGAGGCGGCGCCGGCGCAGGCGGAGCAAUUGGAUCCGGAGGAACUGCUGCGGCGCGCCGAGGAGGACGCCGGCGAGGUGGGUGGCCCCGGGUCGCCUGCUGCGUGGUGA